AGAACACUGUAGCCUAAACAUUAGCAUUGAGACCCGGAUUAGCGUGCCGCGGCUGCGAUAUCCGCCAUUUUGCUAAGGUUUUCGCUACAGUGUUCCGUGUUGAUUUGAUGUUCACUAUGGACGACCGGAUGGAAAUUUUCAAACUGGCGCAAUCCUAUAAGAUAAAAUGGGAACUACUACUUGAAAGCAAGGUGCACGAUGAGCUUUGUGCACAUGCGCAGUCCUUAGGAUGUGAACUGGAUCUGCUACUAUUACCUGUGUUUGUGUCUGUAGCCAGUGCAAUGGGACCCAAUACAAAGGUCAAGGUUACCAAAAGUUGGACAGAAUAUCUUAACCUUACUGGCAUUGUAGCAGCAAGACGAGGUGAAAGAAAGUCGACAGUAUUAAAUUGUAUUAAAACUUGUAGUCGACACAUGAAAAACUUCAAAGACGACAAAGAAAUAGAGGACAAACCCCAGGUCGCGGUCAUAGACGAGUCCUUUGUAGAUAACAUUACAGAAACCUGCAGAAUCAGGGGAAGUCGUAUGUUUAUUAUAGACGACCUUGACAAUGUUAUUAAAGAGGUGAUACAAAUACCUGAUAUCUGGAAUCUUCGCACCUUGCAAUCGUCCUUGACCUCUUGUUCAGAACAGAAUGGUGGUCCUCCUAGCAACUGUGUAAACGUCAUAGCAGCGGUCCAGGCAGCCAAUAUCUCGGAGAUCGUUAACUUGCCUGACCCGGGGCGGCUUGUGGAUAGGAUUUUAGUUUUGUGUGCAAGGGAUUCUGAAGAUAUUGUGACAUCUAUCAAACCAAGUGAAACUUUAGAUACAAUACUCCAAAAGAUAUACGAUUUACAUGUUGAUAAAGAUGUUACUUACACAUUCAGUGAAGAGGCGACACGAGAGUUUGAGAGAAUGUCCGGAAUAGUCAAUUCUCUUAAGAAACAGUGCCAUAAUGAUGAACUGAAACGAGGUUGUGCUAAUCACGUGAUGUCCCAAAUGGCGCGAUUAAGCGUCAUAUCAACUGCUUUGACGGCUGCAAUGACAGAACCCAACACAGAUUUUACCAUAACCAAAACGACUGUGCAGUCUAUGUUUGUUGUCUCGCUGUACCUGCUGCGACAAAAAUGUCUGCUGCUACAUGGAUCUGACAGUGCUACAUACUCCGAACUAUUUCACUCUAUUCUUAGUAGUGAAGUUGAGCUACUUACAUCGAUGAAUACUACAAAUGAAUUCAGUGGGAGAGAGAACGAAGAUGACGUCAUAGAAAUCACUCUGGAUGGCAACAAUGAACCCGUUGCCAGAAUUAUACCAAAACGUGACGACUCAGUGGAGACCAAUGGCGACGAACCAGCUCGGAAUCAGCAAUCUGACGUCACCAUGUGGACAAUGGAGAACAGAGACAAUGCCACUAGCCAGAGUGAGCGAGAAACAAGCAGCGUGUAUUAUCCAAGUGCACCACAGGAAGUGAUCGGUCACCCCAAACACCCUCCACUUAAUCAAGAGACAAGUAAUCGCCAACAUUACGAACCAAAUCAAACACUACCUCUGGAUGGCGACAGUAAACAGUUUAACAAUUCUGGCGUUCUUCGACCAAGAGGCAAAUUUCGUCCUCCACCUCCGCCAUUAAAACUUCGACCACAUCAGCUUCAUGUGAACCGUCGAUUUAUUCCUGCCCCCAAACGUUUGACCGACAAAACACAACUCAAAACAUGCAUAUUCACAUGCAGUGAUAGUAUUUUUGUACAACUGUGUUGCGCUAAAAUCAGAAAAUGUCUGUUGACAAAAGGAGUAUUCAUCACUUCCUCCUACGCCUGCCAGUACCGCCUUUUCCCGCCCGUUCCCCUGGUACAGAGGACGUCUUCUCCGCGGACCACCCAUCCAUCGUGGGCGGCCGUGAAAUUCUUUGAACGUUUAGAAUCUCUUGGCUUUGGCGAGGUCAUGGUCUUUCGUUCACAGUCGGUAAAAUUUAGAAAGAAGUCUCUAGAGGAAAUGUCAGAAAAAGCGAGGACAAUACUAAGACAGGUGGGGAUCACUGAUGAGGACUUCAGAUCUUCUCUGACGACGGAGGAGGAAGUUCAGGGGUCCAUACAGGAGUAUAAUUAUAUUUUCACCGUCCAUCAGAACGGGGAGAUCGAAACUGAACAAAUGCAGCAGAUGGAGGUUGAGCAGAAAGUCCAUCAGCAGACUAAACAGAAUCCGUCUCGAUCACAGUCUUCGGCAAAUAAAGUUUAUCCAACAGGGUCCUUUAUACAUAAUUCUGAUGUGGAGCCAUCUUUCGAAAAGGACGAACAUAUCUACUGUUUCAGGAACGCCAAAAAAGGAUACGCUGUUCUUAUAAUGAAUUAUGAGUUUGUAGAUGAAGACGAAAAUUUACCUGGAGUAAAACGUGACCUUGAAGAUAUGUCCAAACUAUUUGAUUCUAUGGGUUUUGAAGUGAGGGAGUUUGUUAAUCUUACAAAUGUAGAACUAGUAUCAGAGCUUGAAGGUAUCCGAAAGGAGAUGCCUAGUGAUUGUGACUGCUUUGUAUGUGUCAUCAGUACCCAUGGAGGAGAGGAUCCAGGAUUUUAUAAUGGUUAUCCUAAAGAAUCAUUUACAAAGACCGAGCACUAUCUGUUGAACACGGAAGGCGCAGUCUGGACACGGCAGAUUGUAGGCAUGUUUAACAAUCAGCAAUGUAGAGCACUCAAAGGGAAACCCAAGUUAUUCUUCAUUCAGGCUUGUCGAGGAAGGGGUGUAGAUAAAGGUGUUGAUUUGUUAGAAAAUAACGGCGACGAAAGUGACGACGAUUCUGUAGACAAGGAAGUGUUCCAAAUCCCAUGUUACAACGAUUCCUUGGUGAUGUUUUCUUCUACCUCAGGUAAAUAUGCGUGGUCUGAAGAUUUGGAAGGUGGCUGGCUUCUCUCAGCCUUACAAAAGGUGUUUUCCAGUAAUACUGGGGAGGACCUACUUUCACUUUUGACACAAGUUUGUGGAGAUGUGGCGACUAGAGAAGCAUUUAUACCGUGUAACAAGAGGGCCCAUCAGUCAAAGAGCACCGCCUGCAUUUAUCACAAACUGUCUAAAGACAUUCAUUUUCCUCCGUUCAAGCUUAAAAAAUGAAAAAAAAUCUUUUAUAUCAUUUAAAGAUGGACCAUAGACUAUUUCGA